AUGGAAUCAACCGGCAAGGUUUAUGGAAUUGUAGGGCUUUACCCCGGAGGGAGCCCUUCCAGAAAUUCUCAAAGGCCAAAGCUGAACCUUGGCCUAAGAGGGGGUUUGGAAAUAGUUUUCAACCAGCAAUAG